AUGUCAAAUAAGCAUAUCCUUCAAUACUUUGUUAAGAAUUCAAAGACAUUCCAAAUUAUCGAUGGUCCUAUAAAUAUUAAUAACACCGAAAAUGAAGUUCUACUAGUACUUGACUCAUCUUUUAAUCCCGCCCACUGGGGCCAUUACACACUUAUAAACAAGGCGGUCGAUUAUUACAGAGACAUUCUCCCACAAGACACAAGAUUCCACGUAUUGUUACUAUUGGCCAUAAAAAAUGCUGAUAAAGCCCCUAAGCCUGCCAUGUUUCCCGAACGAAUGGAUAUGAUGUGCAUACUGGCUAAUUUCAUUAGAAAAACCUUAGAAGACGUUAACGUUUCUGUUGGGAUAACUUCACAUGGAAAGUUUGUUGACAAAGACAAAGAUGUGAAGGAACUAUUCUUCACUGCAUUCAAGAAUUGCAGAAUUGCAUAUUUAGUCGGCUUUGACACAAUAAUAAGAAUAAUGGAUGCAAAAUACUAUGUGCCCACACCUUUAUCUGUAGCUCUGCAAGAGUUUAUGCAACAUGCUGAAUUUUUCUGCCUAACUAGAGAUGAUGAUAAUAAUGAUAUUAAAAAACAGAUCAAUUAUUCAAGUGAUAUAACUGAAGGAAGAUACGAGCCCGCAAUCCCAAGAAAUUGGGGGUCCAAAAUUCAUAGUGUGCUGAAUGAUAACAAAUAUUCCUACAUUUCUUCUUCGAUCGUUAGAAAACAGUUUAGUGAUGGUAAGAGGAAUCUGUUAAAUGAAGUUCCCGAACCAAUAUUACAGUAUCUAGUAAACGAAAGUGACACUAAUGGUAAAUCAAUCUUUUUGUGA